CAGAGGGCCAUUGUAUUAACAGUCAGCAAUUGAAGUCUAUCUGGUACAUCGAUAGACUUUGUAUACAUUUAGAAUGGUGGGUUUACGUUUCAAGCGUAGUGUAGGUCCGGCGGCAGAUGUGAAGGAGCUUCAGUUCGUGAUUGCCCUGCACCAGACGUGUGCGCCGGAUACAAGGGAGAACGCGGCGGUCGGUUCGGUGGACAUUGCGCGUUUGUUGGCCUCGCGGCAUGGUUUACACAUCACUUCCACGCAAGCAGAGGAUUUGGUUAGGUCUUUGGGCGGUGGAGAUACAAUCGGAAAAGCUCCCGAAAAGAAAAAGACACCGUCAGCGAUAAGAUUUGGAUUGUUUUCAAAAAAGCAAGCGCUCUCGACGACGCAGGCCGAUGGCGAAGUUCCAGCUUUGUCGGCCUCCCGAUUGGGAGCUUUACUGCACCACAGCAGUACUCAUUCUUCCAUGGAGAACAAUAAUAAUUCUCGAUUGUUGGAAUCAGCCAGUUUAGGAUUACGUCAAAAUGGGGGGCUGGAAACGAAUAGUUCAUUACUUUCUGAGGCAAAAGAGGAAUUGGCCGAUCCGUCACAGUAUACAGAAGAAAUAGACGAACUUGACGAUCGCGAUGAGACGGAAGAAGAAGCGGUAGUAGUGGAGGACACUUUCACAAAUGAUAUGUUUUCUGAACAGUAUUUGGACAUGGUUCAGCUUCUGUCCACCUUGCUCAUUCCAACUUUUGCUCGGGCCGUCCGUGAGUACAAGGUGGGCGUUGAUAUCCUCCCGCCCAUCCCGGAGCCUAAAACAAACUCGUGGUUCUCUCCAUUUUCGCGACUUGUGUGGCAGCUGCGUACCAUGCUGCUUCAUCGUGAGCAAACUGUUCUUGACAGCUUGCGCGCCUCUUCGGAUGGAAGCCUUUUGCAACAAAUUUUGCAAAUCAUGGUAACGAAGACUGGCGAGAGUGAGCCCACAGUAGAUGAAGACUUCGUCCGCCGACUGCUGGUACGAUACGGUGAAUCUGAAAGAGCCGAGAAUAUCAAGCUUGUCCAGCAAAUGGUAGAGAUGGCAUCGUCGCCGUCGGGGCUUUUCGACGAAGAAGCUCUCGCCAAUGCCGUGGCAUCCGAUCUUACACAAUGGGAUGUACCCAGUGAAGGACGACUGUCCAGUAUGUUUUAUGAUAUCUUCUAUGAAUCAAACCCACAUGAUGUAAAGAACCUGGAGGCGGAUGAUUUGAUGUCAGGCGCUGACGAAGAGGCGGCAGAAAAAAAGGAACCUACCAAGUGUGCUCAUGCCUGUUGCAAGUGUUUCUCUUGUGUUUUUGGACGUUGUCGCGCAAGCCCGCUCUUCAAGGCGGAGCUCUUCAACAUUGACAUGGUCGUCGAUUGCCAUUCCUCAGCUGGAUCUUUUGCCGUUUCCCGUUUAGUGCAAGUCGAGACGCUGACAGUGCGUUUGUUUUCUCUGAUCGUUAGUUCUGGAGUAUAUGGUACUGCAAUCCUAGCUCAACCCGACAUCAAAAACAAUUGUAAUUUGGAAGAAUUUUGGUGCAAAAUAUUCCAAACAGUCUUCUCUUGGGUGGUGGUGAUGGUUGUUUUGUCGGCUUCGGGUGUUUUGGUCCUCAUGCCGCUCAGUUCGGGAAAUAACCCGUACCGCAGAAAUCCUCGCAGGCAGCUAUAUGCUGUAGGAGCUGCUGUGGUGUACGCUGUGGUACCCUUUGUCCUCAUGAAUGUUUUCGUUGAAGAAACAAAAAAUGACGAAGAGAGAGCAAUUGACUCUGAUGAGUUUCGCGUACUCCGAGAGUUCACAAUGAUUUUGGGCCUAAUUUUGGCUGGCUUAUUUCUUAUUCAGAUGUUCUUGUCUUCGCUCCGUCUGCGAAGAGGAUUUUCUACACGUCGGGCUGGAGUUUUCGACCAUAUCACAUCAACUUCGAACACUCGAGGCGAAGCUCGGCUUAAACACGCAGCGACACGAAAAACGAGAAAAAUAAUGGAAAAUGCCAUUUCUGUGCAUCGUAUAGAUACAGAAGCUGCUCUACGGGGAACACGACAACAACUCCAUAGACACCAGGCUGCGGUAGAUACUUCAACGAUGCGGAAUUUUAUUGUACACGGAGAACAGUACGAGCUCGCUGGAGGAACGAUGUGGACUUGGUUGCGCAUUCUCGACGGCUCACUUUUCGAUACGGAAGGGAUUUGGCUAAAUACCAGGCUAAUAGUCUUGCAGAUGGCGCAAGUUAUUGUUGCAGCAGUUUUUUCGUUUCUUUUGUUUCUCGGCGUUGGAUUGCUAGCUGAAUCAGCAGGCAAUGCAAGGGACGACUUGAAACCGGGGUUUCCGAGCUGGGUCUCCGACAUUGUCCCUACACCUCUCAUGGUGCGCGUGUCGCUGUACCCCGCCACAAUUGCCGCGAUUGUAGUCAUGGUUCUUCUCAUCAGCCUUUACAUUCCAAGUGCGGUUUCCACAAUUCUGAAAUACCGAAGUCAGUUUCUGCCUUCUCUAGGGUCUCCAUAUUUCGUCAAAUACAGAGCUGCCGUCGAUUACACCUAUGUGAACACGGCAAACGCUAUCUAUGGUAUGAUCGGUGCUGCUUCCUUGUAUUGGUUGAUGGUCGGUUGGUUAAUCUUCCUUUGCGUCUGGCCAUUCUCGCAGG